AUGGCUCCUCCAGGAUUCUCACCCUCGUUUAUGGGAAAGAGUUCACCUUUUCCUUCGCCUAGACCGAGCCCCAGGUUGGCUUAUUCAUCCCCACUGAUACCCCACUCACCGAACUUGAACAAUUAUGAGCCAGCGUUUACGACAGAUACGGGAAUACCGCCAGAAAUGUACGGAGAUUUUGGAAGCGACACUGUUGCCUGGUUGGUUGGUGAUGACAAUACAAUGGGUUAUGGAGGUAGGGGUGUAUUACAGGAGAAUAUGUCACCUCAUGACAUGCUUCGCUCAGUUCUUGGCGAGGGACGUUCAGACGAAGAAAUCGAGCAAGCGUUAGAAUUAUGCGGUUAUGAUCUAAGCGCUACGUUAACAAUGUUGAUGGAACAACAACAAGGUAACCUAGGGGGAGGUGGUCUUUCCCCCGAAGGUGCUACCAUCAUCGGGAAAUCUACAACACCUGCCCCCAUGAUUCGCCCAGUAACUCCACGUAACGGUGUGGUCUGUCGGUUUUUCCUGUCCACGGGCCAAUGUUUGCGUGCGGACUGCCGAUUCUCACACGACCUUGGAACCACCAUUUGCAAAUACUGGCUUAUGGGCUCAUGUCUUGCGGGCGAUACCUGCAUAUUUUCUCACGAUCCGACUAUGUCUGUUUCAAAAAUGACUCUAGAUGGAAAUAGCCGCAGCUCUACACCUGCACCCCAGCUUCAGUUCCAUGACCCAGCCUCUUUCCCAUCAUUGACCUCUGAGCAGUGGGGCCAGAUGGGGAAUGGGGGGCAAUCAAUCGUAGGCCCUCCACCUGGAUUCAAGCUUCCAAUAUCCCGUCCCAAUUCUCGCCAGCAAUUCCGAGAGCGUGAACAGCAAAACUUUACGCCUGUUCCUGCUGUCGACGAUAACGAAGCCUUUCCCUCACUUAGCAGCAGUGCCAAAGCUUCGGGCCACGGAAAGAAGCGUCGUAACAACAGGAACGAGAAUAAUAUUCCCACGGGUCCAUCCUCUCUUGCUGAUGUGGUUCGCAUGACGCCUUCUCCAUCCCCACACUCCAAUCGUAACUCGACCACUUCCUCUGGAGCCUCUUCAAAUAGAUGGUCGGGUGCAGGGGGAUCCCCAUCAUCCAAACGUACUUCUCGCGUUUCAGCAUCGCAUAUCCCCGCGCCGCAGCAAAUCCCAUGGUUAGAGACCGGCGCAUCUCUUAACCGGAGCUACCUAAAGCACCGAAAAGAAGCCAUAUCUCACGGCGUCCUCAGGGCCAAGUAUCUUCAGCUCGCCAACUCGGCUUGGCAGAGAAAUGAUGCCAAAUCAGCGAAAGAACACAGUCGCAAGGCGAACAACGAGAACAUGGCAAUGAUGAAGGCGCACAAGGAGGCUUCUAAGGCUAUUUACGAGGAGCGGAAUAAGGAGACUGCGAGAGCAGGGGGCGCUGAACUAUUUGUGGAUCUGCAUGGCCUUCUCCCAGACGAAGCCGUCAAGUACUUGGAGGACAUCCUUGUCGAACACCAAACUUCAACCCGUCCUCUGUAUGCGAUCAUCGGAACAGGCCAUCAUUCUAAGGGUGGUAAGGACAAGUUGGGCAAGACCCUGCGUGCGUUUUUGGAUGAAUGGAAGUACGCGUACCGGGAAUUUUCGGCCAGCGGUGAUCGCAAUGCCCAAGGCGGGAUAUUGGGGAUUGACCCCAGCAGCUUUGACAAGUCGCUCCUGAAUCCUCCUGUCGAUGGCGAAGUCACGAUCGCGGCAGAGGUUGCGACAGUGAUUAUCGGAAGCGGUGCGGGAAAUGGAGUGGGGGAUAAAAAGAAGGAGCCGCCCAAGGGACCGAAUGGGGGACGUAAAAAAUAG